AUGACGAGGAAACGAACGUUUGGGAAGAAUUUGACGAUUUUAGAAGACGCCGCGAAAUGGAGGAGUUUUUGUUGCAGUAGUUACGGUCGCGCGAACAGUAGUAACGAUGCGUCGUGGUGUCGUCAGUGUUGCUCUUCUUUAUUAAGCGGCGGAAGAACUGGCGGAUUGCAAAAUCAUCAUCGUUAUCGAGAAAGGAGGAGCGCGUUGAAUACGAAUACUAAUUAUUGUUCGCAAAAUUGGAGGAGCAAAAGUAAUAAAAACGAACAACGACGGAGGAAUCAGUAUUCUUCGGGGUACCACCAAACGAGACGAACGACCCACGACGCGAGUUCUUCACCGUUCGCAUUGCACGCUUUGUCAUACGACGACGACACGUCGUCGUCGCCCUCAGGAAAAGAAGGUGAAGAAGAAGAAGACGAUUCUGACGACGACGACGAAAAGGGCGGGUAUUACAAAACGAAACAUUGGAAUCCUACGAAGCACGCGAGCAAUGGUUUGAGCAACGAUGAUAGCAGUAGCGGUGAUGAUAGUGAACACGCAGAGCUUAAGAUGGAAAAAGAGGGUGGCGUCGCGCAGCGACGAACACCGGGAGCGUUAGAAUCGAUUGAAGGGAACGUCUUUCGCGACCGCGAGCGUUUAAAAUCGGACAAAGAUUUCGACCGCGUGAAGAAAACGGGAAGAACGUUGAAUUAUUCUUGCAUACGAAUAAAAGCGGCGCCGAACGAUGGCGUACCCGGCGCAACUGGAUGUCACCGAAUUGGCAUCGUCGUCCCGAAGAAACAGUUAAAACGCGCCGUCGAUAGGAACCUGUGCAAACGACGCGUUCGAGCCAUCUUUCGAACGAACAAAGAUAAAUGGCCGAAAACCGAGAGCGGUUCACAUUUAGAUUUCGUCGUUUUCGUGAAACAAGAAGCGUUAGAGGGCGGUUUCAAGCAGUUGGAGAAAGAAAUGUUCUUAUUCGCGAGCGAUUACACCGAGAGGGAGAUGAAAUCAAAGACGAGCAAAUCCAGGAACGCGGCGAAAGUUGUCCGAAAUACUAACGCGAACGUUACUCGAACCGCACAAGCGAGUAACGAGAACGAGAACGUAAGGGCGAAGAAAGAAAACGGCCCGACAAACAACAUUGCUCGAUGA